CGGAAAGGUUGAGGCGGCUCUGGGGCCGUUGUUCAGUGCGGUGGGCUGCCUGAGUAGGGUCCGAAUCGGCGACUGGCGAGUCAGCUCGACGUCCUUCUUCUGAUCCUAGUUUUCAGGAAGAGCUAAAGAUGGCUGAAUUUCUAGAUGACCAGGACACUCGACUGUGUGACAACUGCAAAAAAGACAUUCCUGUAUGUAACUUUACCAUCCAUGAGAUCCACUGUCAAAGGAACAUUGGUAUGUGCCCUAUCUGCAAGGAACCAUUUCCCAAAUCUGACAUGGAGACUCACGUGGCUACAGAACACACUCAGGUAACCUGCAAAUGUAACAAGAAGUUGGAGAAGAGGCAGUUAAAGAAUCAUGAGGAGACUGAGUGUCCUCUACGUCUUGCCCUGUGCCAGCACUGUGAUUUGGAACUUUCUGUUCUCAAACUGAAGGAGCAUGAAGAUUACUGUGGUGCCCGGACAGAGUUAUGUGGCAGCUGUGGGCGUAAUGUCCUGGUGAAAGAUCUGAAGACUCACCCUGAAGUUUGUGGGAGAGAUGGGGAGGAGAAGAGAGAUGAGGUUGCCAUGCCUCCUAACGCAUACGAUGAGACUUGGGGUCAAGAUGGAAUCUGGAUUGCAUCCCAACUCCUCAGACAAAUUCAGUCCCUGGAUUCACCUGUGAGGCUACCCCGAAGUCCCCUGAGAGCCUUAGAAUCAGAUCUUCUCCAUAGUAGGACUAGCAACCAAAGGAACAUGUCAACCCAGUUUCCAAUUCAGAAUAACCUAUUGGAGGAACAAGAAAGACAGGAAAGAAAUAGAAGACAGCAGUCCCCCAAAGAGGGUGGUGAAGACAGUGCAAACUUGGACUUCAUGUUGGCCCUAAGUCUGCAAAAUGAAGGCCAGGCCCCCAAAGUGCCAGAGCAGGACCUCUGGAGCGCUUUGUAUGAGGCAGACCAAUACCAUGGAGGUCGCAUUGAUCUCAAUGAUAUAAAGGGUGCAGCUGACGAGACCAUGCUGCCUUGUGAAUUUUGUGAGGAGCUCUACCCAGAAGAACUGUUGAUCGACCAUCAGACAAGCUGUAACCUUCCCCGUGCCUUACCUUCAUUUAAUAUGGGUAGUGCCUCCUCCAAAGGGGUGGAGGAGGACAAUGAUGUCAUCUUCCAGAAGUUUCUGCAGCAGGCUCCAAGUAACCAGUUAGACUCUUUGAUGGGCCUGAGAAAUUUCCCCCCUGUGGAGGACAGCAUCAUCAUCCCCUGUGAAUUCUGUGGGGUGCAGCUGGAAGAGGAGGUGCUGUUCCAUCACCAGGACCAGUGUGACCAACGCCCAGCUACAGCAAACAACCGUGUGACGGAGGGGAUUCCUAGACAGGAUUUCCAGCCUCGUGAGAUCUCACCAGAGCUGCCCAAGAGGCGUGUCAGACACCAGGGGGACCUGUCUUCUGGUUACAUGGAUGAUAUUGAGCAGGAAACUGCUAAUGUGCCCACCUACCCUCUUCCUCCCACCAGACCUAUUAACAAUAUGGCUACUUGUAGCCGACUGUCCACAUCCACAUCAGGCCCCAAGCCUGGUUCCCAGCCCAGCCCUCCUCGUGUCAUGAAACUCAACAACUUAGAUAGGCAGGACAUCCGGGGACGGAAUCAAAACAGCCAUAAUGGGGCCGUGGCCACUGGGCACAUCCCAGUGAUUCACCCUGUUCAGAAUCUCUACCCAGAAAACCUUGUGUCCUCUUUCUCCCGUGGGUCUUCAGGGCGAUAUGGAGCAAGUGGCAGGAGUGAAGGUGGCAGGAACUCACGAGUCACCCCCACAGCCGCCAGCUACCGCAACAGAACUGCAAAGGCAAAACCCCCCAAGCAGCAGGGUGCUGGGGAUGCCGAGGAGGAAGAGGAGGAGUAACAUUGUCUGCAGAGAACCUGACAGUGGUUCCAUCUUCUCUGCACAGCAGCACCUCUUGGGCCCUGUGGAGGGGGGAGGAUUUUACGGAUUUUAACUUUUUCUAGGUUAUGACUCUUCUGUGUCUUUUGAGAUUGUGAUGUGGGAAUUUAGGGGAUUGAGGGAGGGUCAGCAGGGAGGCUGUUGAGAAAUGUUUCAGCUUUAGCUGCUGCCUUUUGGCAGCACAGAAAUACAAGUUACGUAUUUUUGUGCUCACCUCUAAGCCCACCAGGACUCCCUCUUGACACAAUGUCACUGCUGCUCCUUGGUGCUGUGUGGUCCUGGUGGAAAGAGGAGAGUGUUCUGGAAACCUGGUACCAUCAGUGAAGUGAUUUUCCUCCCUGUGGGGGCCUAAAUUUGGGAAUUUUUCAUAACCUCCGGUGCACUGCUUCCCUCGCUCUAGAAUUUGGGUCUCUGGUGUGUGGGCAGGUCCUCUGCUGUGUGGGGAGGAGCUCUGGGGGAGUGUUCAGCCAGGUGCGCAGUAUGGUAGGAACAGGCUUUUGGAGAUGAGUUGAGCGGGAAGUGAGUGCACUUGCAGCUUUGAUUUAAUCUGCUUUGGUGUUUGGCAUCACUGCCUUCUGUUUCUGGUGGGGAGCACGGCUCCUUUGUCUUCAGGGCCUCUGAUGGAGAAGGUGAGGGACUCCCUGUCCUGCCAGGGCCGUGCUGGGCCCUGGCCUGAUUGGAUUGGGGCUGAGGCCUAAGCUCCGUGACUUGCUCUGAAAACCAAGUCUCAGAGCCCCCAUCUCCCUCUUUUUAUUUUAUUAUUAUAAUUACUAACAUCCUUGUAAUAGAAAUAAA